AUGGCCAAUACUUCAGACAAUGCCUUGAUCUCAACGAGGCCCUCCGACUCCGGGCUUCACGUUGCACUACACCCUCUUGUCCUUCUCACCAUUUCAGACUAUACCACACGACACGCCGCACGACAACAGACUGGACCCAUCGUGGGCGCAAUCUUGGGACAGCAGCAAGGUCGACAGAUUACAUUAGAGCACGCAUUCGACUGCCAUACAAUAACAAACCCUGAUAACGAGAUCGUUCUUGAUUCAAGCUGGUUUGCGAGUCGAGUACAACAGUUUCGAGACGUUCACAAAGUCCCUCCUCUGGAUAUAGUCGGGUGGUUUACUGUAACCCCUGAAUCUGGACCAUCUGCAUCCCUCCUCGCCAUUCACCGCCAAAUUCUCCAGGAAUACAACGAAUCGGCCGUAUUACUCGCUUUUCACCCAUCACAAAUAGCUUCGGAUUCUGGAAGCGGGGCGAAGCUUCCUUUGACGAUCUACGAGAGUAUUUUUGAAGGAGAAAAUGUUGCUGAUGCCGCACAGACUGGUGACGAUAGGCAGGCUUUACAUAUUCGCUUCCGCGAGCUACCAUAUUCAAUAGAGACUGGAGAGGCGGAGAUGAUAAGUGUUGAUUUUGUCGCCAGGGGCGCCGGUAAUGCUAUGGCUAUUGAGGAAGCAGGCAAAUCAGUGCCAAAGGCUACAAAGACUGCGGAGGCCGAGGACUCAAAGAAGGCAGAUGAGUCAGUACUUCUAUCGCCAGAGAAUGAAGAAUUUAUUGCCAAUCUCUCAACACGUCUUAACGCCGUCAAGACACUCGAAUCUCGGAUACAUCUCAUCAGAUCAUUCCUCGAAAACCUACCGCCAUCUGCGUCGGACGGUAAAACAAGUCAGAGCACACAGUCAAUACUCCGCAACAUAUCCGCACUAGUAUCCGGACUCUCUCUUCUGACUCCACAAGACCCCAAGUCAUUUGCCGUAGAGUCGCUUGCACAAGAAAACGACGUGGCACUCAUUUCCCUGCUAGGUCGUCUAGGCGAGAAUAUCAAGGAUAUCCGCGAACUAGGCAAGAAAUCAGCCAUUGUAGAGACGGGGAAACAACAGGGUCCUGCUCCAUCCACCAAAGGUCGCAAAUCUCACAUGGCUCUCGGAUCCAGAAUUGACGACGAAUUGAGAGAAAGCGGAUUUGCUAAUAUCAGCUCCGGCGGACUGCAAAUGAUGUAA